AGUUGGCAGCACACCAACACGAAUUAUUCCAUCACACGAUCUUGGCACUCGGCUAACUCAGAACUGGGCUCUCCUCACUAUUCUAAUUUGGUUGCAUCAGAUCACUCGCUCUCCUCCCAUAAAAUCGGCCCAAUUCCAGGUACACUAAAAUCUCGACUCAACAAUGGGAAUUCCAGCCGGAGAUGUUGAAAAGGGAAAGAAACUUUUUGUUCAGAGGUGCGCCCAGUGUCACACAACCGAGUCUGGUGGCAAGCAUAAGACCGGUCCAAACUUGAGUGGUCUUUUCGGAAGGAAGACCGGCCAAGCGUCAGGGUUCGUGUACACGGACGCUAAUAAAUCGAAAGGUAUUACUUGGGGAGACGAUACCUUGUUUGAAUACUUGGAGAACCCUAAGAAAUAUAUUCCUGGUACUAAGAUGGUGUUUGCUGGUUUAAAGAAGCCCAACGAACGUGCAGACCUUAUCGCCUAUCUACGCUCUGCUACAAAGUAAAAAAUGAUUAGUGAUAUAAAUGUUAACUUAAUGAAAGAAGGAAUGUUAGAAAGUGAAUGACAACCAUCAAAAGAUGUUCUUCAUGCAGUAACAUUAUUAACGUAGACUAUACGAGUAGACAUUUUUUUGAUUUGAACUGUGUUCACAAAGAUUUAUUGGUUUUGAUGUUACAAAGAAAUCUGGACAAAGCUUUAGUUUAAAAUUGGUUAUCCUCCUCAAGUGUAUUAUUUAUGAAUUGCAUAAGUGCAUACUAUAUAUAACUUAAUUUGUCAGUAGAAAAAAACAUUAGAACUGCAGGAUUCAGUUUAAUACAGUAUACUUUUAAAAAUAAAUAAAAACUGAUUUUGUUGAACAUACUGAAA